AUGAAGGACUCGGAGGCCGCGUUCUUCACGCGUCCGGCUCCCUCGGAGAUCUCCUCGGCGUGGACAGACCUGUUCACCGACCCGCUCCUCUCGCUCCAGAACCUCAAGGCCGUGGCUGCUGCUGGACUGGGAGCUCCAGACGAUGACGGCGGCAUCACCCUGCGAUCCGUUUACUGGCGUUUCUACCUCGGCCUCUUGCCCCCGCCAACAAGUCUCGACCUGUUCCCUCCGGCGCUCUCGACAGAACGAAAGGUAUACGACGAGCUGCGUGCGCGCUUCCUCGUCGCGCCCGACGGAAGGUGGGCGGCAGACUGUUCUGGCGGCGAAGGGUACGCGCCUUCCUCGACCAAAGCAGGCUCAAGCGACGGAGGCGCAGGCUGGGACCCGCUCUCGCUCGACGGCGACAGUCCGUGGAAGACGUGGUUUGCCCACCUCGACCUGCGGGCGACCAUUCGGCAGGACGUGGACAGGACGUUUCCCGAUAUCCCAUACUUUGGCAUCGAGCGCGUGCGCCGGAGUUUGACGACCAUGCUGUUCUUGUUCUCGGUCCUCAACCCGGAUGUCGGGUACAGGCAGGGAAUGCACGAGCUCCUCGCGGCAUGCAUGUUGGUCACGGACCGCGACUCGCUCGACAUAUCGACGCCGGUUCCGUCAAGUACCACGUCUGGCCGUGUCGUCUCGCCGCAAAUCUCAGCAGCCAUGCAGGCCACCCUGGACCGCAACUACGUCGAGCACGACGCGUUUGGGCUCUUCCAGCAACUCAUGCGCCCGGCCAAGGCGUUCUACGAGUGGAGAGCCGAGGAAGGUCCAGCCUCACGGGCCAUUAUCGGCGCUCCCCAGGCACCUAUCAUUGAACGGUGUAACCACAUCCACACCCAGCUCUUGCGCAGGAUCGACCCACAGCUCUGGGAGCGUCUCGAGACAGAAGGCGUCGAGGCCCAGAUCUGGGCAAUUCGCUGGAUCCGCCUGAUCCUCACGCGCGAGCUUCCAUUCCACCUCGCCCUCCGUCUAUGGGACGGCAUGUUCGCCGAGGACCCGUCACUGGGCAUCCUUGACUUUGUGUGCGUCGCCAUGCUGCUUCUCAUCCGCAAUGAACUCAUCGAGGGCGACUACCCGACCCUCCUCACCCACCUCUUGCACUAUCCCGCCCCCUCGGACGAGUAUCCCUUCAACCCAGCACUCAUCCUUGCGCAAGCCAAUUUCCUGCGAAACGACAUCUCCCCCGCUGCUGGCGUCGAGGUUGUCCUCCAGAAUCAGGAACUGCUAGGCAUCAAGGCCAACCCGCCAGAAAAGCCGACCGGUAUCGACAUAGAUACCUCCAACUGGCGUGGUGGCCGCGGCACACCCCCGACCUCGAGACCUGGUUCGGCGGCGCGAGGCAAGGGGAAGGGAAGCGUGUCGGGCAUUGCAGCUGGACUGUUUGAGCGCGCGCAAAAGGCUGGUCUUGACAAGGCCAUUGCAGACUUUCGAAGCAACCUCCCGGACGCCGCCACGGCCUACUCGUUCCUCCCGAGCUUUUCGCCCACUCCUCCUAGCCGCGGCAACUCGCCCUUCUCCACGAUCCCCUCCUCCACUGCGUCUCUCCCACCGCGCCCUCCGCCCUUGCCCAUUGCGUCGGCCGAAAGCAGUGCCUCGACCAAGACGCUUCUCGACGCCGAGAGGCAAAUGGCCGAGGUGCAGCUCGUCAUGGUCACGAUGGGCAAGGCGAUGGGCGAGUGGAUGGACACGAUCCGAGAUCCCGAGAGUGGGCCUCUGGCCAUUGCCCAGGCGUGGAGCGGCGUGGAGCGUAUCAGGGACAGUCUCCUCGAGGCGCCAGGACGCGACAUUGACGACAUGGUCAAGGACUGGGCGUGGAACGACGACCUCGACAGCUCGCGUUCUCGCGCGUCUUCCUCGGCAGGCCCGACACCCGUGAAUGAAACGUCACCGCUGCCGUCAGUCAAGCCAAACCUCCCACAAACCCCGACCCGCGCCGCGUUUCUGCAACCAGACAAUGAAACGGUGUUACUCGAGACGCCAAAGGCGCCACUGCGCGCGCAAAUGGGGUCCCCGGUAUUCCCCGCGGCGCCACCGCCUGUGCCAGCACCAGCACCAGCACCAGCACCAGCAUCAUUGCCCAAGAGCCCGUCGCCCUUGGCAAGUCCUCCGGUCACUGCACGACCACCUGGGACUGGGACCGGGGGACCUAGCAGCUCCAAGCCGACGCUGUACCUGUCAGCGCGCAACGACCGCCCGGCGCCGGCACUGUCGCGAGUCCCCGUCCCCAUCCAGUCGCCUCGCACAGCGUACCCGCCCUCCUCGGGAGGUCUCCUCUCGCCCGCACUCCCAGCAGCGAGCUCGAGUGCGCGCUCGUCGCCCGCCUUGUCACCGCCGCCGCUGCGGUCCACGUCUGCGUCUGCGUCUGCAUCACGCAUGUCACCGCCCAUGUCAUCUAGUAUAUCUUCGCCGCCUAUCGGUUCUGUAAUCUCUUCAGCAUCGGCAUCCACCACAGCCAGCCCGGGCGCACCCGCAAGUAGUGGCGCCAUGGACCCGCUGGCGGGGCUUGGUGUCGGAUCAAUCACCACGGUGGGCGGUGGUCACGGUCACGAGCGCAGGCGGUCUGCCUGGCGCGUGUCGACGCCGCCCAGUGGUGGGCGUGGUGGGCAUGGGACGGGCUCGGGCUCGGCUUCGGCAUCGCGGUCGGUCUCGGCCUCGCAGCCCGUCGGCGUCGACCCGCUCGGCGCGGUGUAG